GUCUGGACGGCGAGCAAGAUGGACGCUUACUCUUCCUCGUUCAUCUUAAAAUCACUCCUCGCUGGGGGAGUAGCGGGAAUGUGUGCUAAGACGACAGUUGCACCCUUAGACCGUAUCAAAAUUCUCCUUCAAGCACACAAUAAACAUUAUAAACAUCAUGGGGUGUUUAGCGGCCUGCGAAAUAUAGUAGCACAGGAGAAUUUCUUGGCCCUCUACAAAGGCAACGGUGCACAAAUGGUCCGGAUUUUCCCUUAUGCGUCGACUCAGUUUACGUCUUUUGAGGUUUACAAGAAGCUCUUGAAUAAUGUAUGGGGCGACAGAAGAUACCUGAGCAAAUUGACCUCGGCUGUUGCUGGUUCCUUAGCAGGUGUAACAGCAGUGUUUUUAACAUAUCCCCUUGAUACUAUACGUGCGAGGUUAGCUUUUCAAGUCUCUGGGGAACACAGGUACACUGGUAUCGUUAAUGCUGCGGUAACUAUAUUUCAAACCGAGGGCGGUGCGAGGGCGCUCUACAGGGGCUUCACGGCAACAGUCUGCGGCAUGAUACCCUAUGCUGGACUGAGCUUCUAUUGUUUUGAGCAGAUGAAAUAUUUUUGUAUGAAGUACCUUCCUGAAUACACAUGCAGCACAUGCGAGAAAAACACAGGUGGCCUUGUGCUUUCAAUCCCGGCUAAGCUCCUGUCUGGGGGUCUGGCAGGCGCGGUGGCCCAGAGCUUCUCAUACCCCUUUGAUGUCACCCGCAGAAGGAUGCAGCUGGCGUGGAUGACCGAGGAGACGAGGAAGUUUGGAGACAUGGGCAUGGCAGCCACUCUACGCCUGAUCUACCGCGAGAACGGCGUCACUCGGGGUCUCUACCGCGGCAUGAGUAUCAACUACAUGCGCGCCAUUCCUAUGGUGGCCGUGUCGUUCUCCACUUACGAAAUCACCAAGCAGGUCCUGGGGCUUGACACAGGACUCAGGAUCAAGACUGGAUAGGCAAGGUUGUGUUGGAUUGGCUUCGGUUGUGAUUGGGCUGGGUCGGGUAGCAUGGAUAUUGGAUAGGUGGAACUAGAUUACAUCGAGCAGUUGGAGUGGAUUUGAAUGGCUCAAAUCAUUGGGUUGUUUUUGAUGGAAUUUGAUUGCACUGGAUCAAAAUGGAUCUAGUGACCCCAGACUGGAUCAGAUUUGAGAACCUGCCGUUAUUUGAGGCGAAUGAGAGCGAUAAAGAAUAAGAGAUUAGAACUGGUUUUAUUUUUUUUAUUAUAAUACUGUUUGUCAAAUUUUGGGUAGGACUUGUUUUUUUAUUUUUGUAUUAUGAGCUAAAGGUAUAGGAACACUCAUUGUCCUAGCAUUUAUUAUGAUUAAAAUUUGUAAGAAAAGAUGUAUGUAUGUUCCAUUUAUUUUGUUAGGUAGUAGAAGUAAGACAAAGGAAUAUAAUUGGAUUAAAUUCUUGAUAAAAUAGGAUUAAAUUAGACCAUUUUUUGUUAGUUGAUGAAAGCUUUAGGUUGUAGUUAUUUCCAAUGUUUUGUACUUAUGACACUUUUUUUUUUUUCUUCUUUUUUUGGUAUAUUUGACUUCCAUUAGAUUGUAAACGUAAAGCGUACAAAAUUAUUGUUAAGGAACUAUGGUAUCAGCAAGAGUCCAGUGUGAUUUGAGAUUUUUAUGGCGGAAACAGAAGACAUUGAUACAAGUAUUGAGUAUUCACAAUAACAUUGAUGUGUCUGAAUGACUUUAUCUACUGUUAUUAUUAUUAUUAUUGUUAUCUAUUUAUUUAAGUUAUUUAUUAUUAGCUCAACUUUACUGCAUCUUGGAUGUCCUUCUGCUUUGAUAAUGAAUGUCAUGUAACUUGGUGGUGGCAAUCUUAACUCACUCAGACAUUUGCUCUCUCAAGCACCACUUUCCGUCCAUCAGCCAUUUCUGUAGGGACCUUUUGCCGUGAAACCAUUUGAAUUAUGCUCCUAUGUGCUUUUAUUUAUUCUUUAUUUGUUUAUCAUUAUGCUUUGGUUUUUAUGUUUGGAGAGACACAUGUUUUGUUUGUUUUUUUUCUCUCGCUUUUAUUGUUUGUACCCUCGCUCACACUCUCUCUCUCUCUCUCUCUCUCUCUCUCUCUCUCUCUCUCUCUCUCUCUCUCUUUUGUACUGGACUUUCAUAUGUAUAUCAAAUGAACAGAGUUGGGAAUAGAGCAUAUAACUUCCAUAUUCUGAAAAAUUUUAAAAACAGAAUAGAAUCCCUUUAAAUAAGUUUUAUUACCUGCAUCUCAGAAUAAUGUUCGUUAAAGUUUAUCCGGAAUUUGCAAAACAUAAUCCUAAAGCAAAUACCAUAUAAAUUCUCUUUUGUUUUUUUCUACUUUCCUGGGCAAAUAUUUUUUCAUUUUUAUUUUUCAUUUUCAUGGGCUAUUUUCGUCUCAAGAAGAAAGACUUGAUAGAGGUCAUGGAAAGAUUUUACAGCACAAAUUCACAAAGAUGGACAGCAGUCUUGGUUAUGAUCAUGUAAGGGAAUUUAGGAAUUUAUAUUGAGCAAGAUUAUGUUGAUGGUAGUGCAUGGAGGCAGAGACAAGUAAUGUGGAUUUAUAUUUAGUUUUGAAUUAGUUUCGUGGCAAAAUUUUAGCUUGUUUGAUUUAAAAUUAAGGUUUUUAUUUUUGAAACUUUUUAGUAGUUUUGAGUCGCUGCCUUAUAUGUCAGAGUAACAGGUGUAAUAAUUUGUUUUUUUUCCCCGGUCAUGACAGAUUUCUUAACUAUGAGAUAGGCUUUAUUUGCAAGUUUAUUUUAUUCUUUAUUAAUUUCUUAUUUCUGAUUUUUUGUUCCUGGUUUAUUAUGAAUAAAUGUAUUUACUUUGUUGAUAAUUUUUAUGUAUUUAUUCUUAAGUUUGUUUAUAUAUUGUGUUUUAUCUGUGAUUGUUCACAAAUAGUGUAUAGUUAGAAUAUAUGUUUGUGAAUAACGAAUAGAUUUGAUAUAAAUACUUGUGGGUUUAGCUGACAGAAUGCUAUUUACAUGUUUAUAUAUGUAUAUAUGGAUGUGUAUAUUUCCUUUCAUGGAUUGCUGUAAUAAGAAAAUAAUGAACGAAGAUAUUUCAGAGAUCCUUUUUAUGAUUAUCUGAAGGUCAAGGAGGGUGUUUGGGCUGCUAUUUCCUUAAAUUGUGAAACAUUGGAAACUUUAAAUCAUCUAGGUUUCUAAUAGAGUUCUUGUGACAAUCUAUAGAGGGCAUGGAUGAAGAGGAUAUCCUGACAGGACAAAACGCGCCAUUAGUUUUCCAUUGUUUCUUAGUACCAGGAUAAAUUCAUUCCAAAAUCUUGAAAUAUGAGAAAAUUUAUUUCGUUAUGUGACAAACACAAACACAGUAACGUGUACACAAAGAUGAAAGGAAAACAGCCACAGUAAGAAUUGAAAUUGAAUCGUAAAUGGGUAUCCAUUUUGGUAUAUUAUUCGUCUGAACAGGAACUCAUGAAGAGUUCGAAACGUUACGAUUCAAAUUAAUUUCUUACUGUGGCGGUUUUCCUUUCAUCAUAUUUCAGUAUCAUUUAUUUCUGGAUGACUGUUUAGAAUCAUUGUUUUUUUACAACUUUUGGUGCACAGAUUUUUCUAGAUGAGUUGUUCUUUUGAAUAAACAGACAGAAUUUUUGAAAAUAACAGACAUGUCAGUAAGGCAAAAAAAGCCUUAUUGAUAGGAGUUUCUAGGCCUAGAAUAUCUUGUGUCUACUUGCCAUUUUUGUUUUAUUUUCAUUUGCUUUUGCUUUUUGUGCCCAUGAUUAGUUACACUUACCUAGGGAAUAUCAGUUCUCAUUCAUAUCUUCUGUACCUCUUCUGGGAUUAAAUUUGGUUCAAAGAUAAAGUCAGGGUAAAAUGUAAAAUGAGAAUAAGGGAUAGAUAAUAUUUGAAUAAUUUUAUUAGUUAUGUUCAACUUUUAAAAGAUAACAGACUUUGUUAUAAGAUUUUGGAGUGAGUGUUUGUUUAUUUUAGGCUUUCACCUGGUUGUGUUUGAAUUUUCCCCUUUUUCUCCUAUAUCUCCCUCUCCGUCUCUUUCUCCACCUCUCCCUCUCCCCCCCUCUCUCUCUCUUCUCCCUCUUCC